AUGUCCGCCGGUCCGAUAGUGGAGCGGAACCAGGACGCGACAAUCUACGUGGGAGGAUUGGAUGAGAAAGUAACGGAGGCGAUUCUUUGGGAACUGAUGGUGCAGUCCGGACCUGUCGUCAGCGUCAACAUGCCCAAGGACCGCGUCACGGCCAAUCAUCAAGGGUUUUCCAUACUCGAAUAUAUUCUCUCUAUCUGUUUCGUUCAGAUUUGGCUUCGUCGAGUUCAUGAGCGAAGAAGACGCCGAUUACGCUAUCAAGAUUCUCAACAUGAUCAAGCUGUACGGAAAACCAAUCAAGGUAGGUUCUCUCUUUUCAAAUUACUUUUUGAAUAAAUGGCACGAAUAACAUUUUUAGGUAAAUAAGGCUUCGGCACACGAGAAGAACAUGGACGUGGGCGCUAACAUUUUUGUUGGUAAUUUGGAUCCGGAGGUUGAUUCCUUUCAUUUGCAUGACUUUCUUCGUUUUUAAGGUUGAUGAGAAGCUGCUCUAUGAUACAUUCAGCGCAUUCGGCGUCAUAUUACAAGUCUUCCUAUUAGUUUUAUGGCUAUUUUUCAAUUUCUCUUCGACAGGUGCCGAAAAUCAUGCGGGAUGUAGAUACAGGGAGCAGCAAAGGCUUCGCGUUCAUUAAUUUCGCUUCUUUUGAGGCUUCUGAUACGGCCCUCGAAGCGAUGAACGGCCAGUUUUUGUGCAACAGGUAGGACCAUUCUCUGUGGGAAGGAAUCAACUGAAAGUACAGAGCUAUCACUGUUUCCUACGCUUUCAAACGAGACGCCAAAGGCGAACGUCAUGGAACGGCGGCCGAAAGAAUGCUCGCCGCACAAAAUCCGCUUUUCCCGCGAGAUCGUCCUCAUCAGGUAUCUAAUUAGAGAGAGAUACAAAAAAACAAGCAAUUUUUGGAUUCUUUCUCACAGAUUAUUGAUGUAUUCAUGGCCUAAAGAGUUUAUUUCAGCAUUAAUUCAAUUGAACAUCAGCUUUUGAGAUAGAGCACAAAAGUUUUGCUGAAGAUAAAUUGACAUAUGCAAUGAAGCGUAAAAGAAGGAAACAAGAGAACAGAGAGAAAGUUUUAGGGUGUCUGUAUUUUAGGAAAAUAUAUCGAUGCACUGGAUUUUAAUAAGCCUACACUUCCAGGUCAAAUGAAGAUUAGCUUAUAGAAAUAAAGCUGAGAAUUUCGAAUUUUAGAAAUAGCUAAAUCCAUAUAAACGGUCAUAUUUUUGUAAACGUGCAUGAUAAAAAAACUCACUUGUAUAGUCAAUGUUUCCCGACUUGAAAGGCAAGGGAGGCGGGGCGGGACGCGUAGCGUGUGCGUUCGCGGUCCUUGCCACGUGUUCAAUUCAACCGCCAUCGACUCUUUGAAAAUCCCGUUUUUCGUUCUUUUCAUUCCUUUUUUCAAUUAUUUAUUGAUUAUGUUCAUGUUUUCAUCAAAAAAUAGUAGAAAACAUUGAAAAAGAGCGGUUGCCGAGCUUUUUAAAUAAUCGGCGGUAAUUUAAUUGAACUAGUGCCAAGAACCGCGUGCGCACACGCUACGCGUCCCGCCCCUUGCCCCGCCUCCUUCGCCUUUCAAGUCGGGAAACAUUGCAACUCAAUCUUUGUGUACCAAUCAAGAUAUAAUACAGAUGUUAGUUCCACGGGGUUAGAGGUACGUUAAUUUCCUAAAGCAUGCAAGAAUUCUCGUAGAAUCAUUCAAAUAAAAAUGAAACUUAGUUUUGCUUAGGGUUCUCUUUCUCUUUCCAUGUCCAGUCACCGAAAUUCUUAUCGAUGAAAGUGUUAUUUCGUGAACUUCAGACGUUCUCGGAUGCGCCGCUCGGAGUACCUGCUAACACGCCGUUGGCCAUGCCAGGAGUCCAUGCGGCAAUCGCAGCCGCGGCUUCGGGCCAGCAUCAGCCCCACAUGAUGCCCCAUAUGAUUCCGCACAUGAUGACUGGCGGGUUCCCACCUCCACCCCCGACGGCGACGCCGAUGCCGCCUCCACCGCCGCCAAUGCCGCCGACGCCAGGCAUGACACCAAGACCUCCGCCGCCUCCUUCUUCUGGUUUUUCAAAUCCCUUUUUUUCCUAACUUUUUUUCCUAAAAGAAAAAAUUUGAAAAUUUGACACUCCUAAGCCAAAAAACGAUAAAAUUAUCGAGAAACUGUAGAAAAAAGGUGGUGCUCGUUUAAAACUCAAUUUUCCUGCCGAGAACCGCAUCGCGUACACAACACGCCGCCCUUGCCAAUCUUUCCCAUUUUACAUAUCGCCUUUCAAGUCGUAAAAUAUUGACAAAAAUCCGUGUAGACGUUACUUCUCAGUUUUGUUUGUUUUAGUCAACGUUGUUUUCAGAGAAAAAAAAAGUUCAAUAAGUCCAAAAGACGAGAAAAAAAAAAGUAUGAAGCAUACCUUUUUUGCUUUUAAUAGAGCGGUCGAGUGAGCGAUUAAUCUAUUUCCUCUCCUAAGGUCAAAUUUUCUAUCAGACAGCUGCUCUACGAGACUUGUUAGCUGUAAAUUCGCCUCGGUCCUAUCUUAAAUGAGUUAUUUCUCUGAAGAACCUCGAGCUUAAUGAAAUGAGAACGUUUUAGGAGGAAUGUGGGGCAUGCCGCCGCCGCCGCCUUCCAGAACACCCGCGAUGAUGCCGCAUCCGACGCCUCCGCCACCGCCGCCGUCGCGUGGCUUCGGAAUGCCGGGGAUGCCGCCUCCACCGCCUCCAGGCCUCAUGCCUCCUCACAUGAGGUUUAUUCUUGCGAUUUCAAACUUUAACUUUGGCUUCUCACUCCCUGUUUUUUUUGGACUUGAAGAUAAAAGCUUAUGAAUGAUCUCAAUUUCGAAAAGUCUUCAAAAUUUUCUGAUGAUAUUCUACAUUCAAUGGAAAUCUAAAAACCGAAAAAACGCACACACGAGAGGUUUUUUUUUAUUUUUUAUUUUAUUUUAUUUUUUUUUUCAAAAAAAGCAGGCCUGUUUCUGUGCAAGAAAUAUCAAACUUUGCAUUUAAAAAUUUAACAUUUGACAUUUUUCCAAAAAGCCUAAAAAGAAUCAACGAUCACACUAAAUUAGAAUAAAAAAAGUAGUGAUUGUAUCCGUGAUUUAGAAAAAAACGAGGGUGGUCUGAGGUAGUUUGGAAGAUUGGACUGGGUUCAAAGAGUAGUAGCGAGAUUUUGAUGGCUUCCUCAAGGCUUUUCUUUCAAACCGAUCUAACUCAGUUUUUAAUAAAAUACCUGAUUUCGAUAAAUUUUCAUGCCAUCUAUUUUUCCGACCACUUGAUAAUUUUAUUCUCUUUUGUAGAUAUCCUCCGGGAAUGCCGCCUCCUCUGCCGAGGUUUGGAUCUGUCGGACCGCCUGGAUCGUUCCCACCACCGCCGCCGCCAUCUCGACCUCCGCCUCCUCCUUCUGGUGGACCUCCACCCGUUCCGCCUCCUCCGCCGUCGUAG